GAGCCCGAGGUGCACAGUGCGCUAAACGGGUGCGGAUGUCCUCGAGCGAGAAGAGUUCGGCGGCGAAAAAUAGCAGGGAAACGAUUCCGGGGGACAUUUAUUCGUACUAUGUGUAGUUGUUAAUAUGAAGUGCCAGUUGUUGGAUCCAUUGUAAUGGCUGGUCGACGCAGCGCGAACGGCAAGUUUCAUAAAAAGACGUGUACCUCCACAUAGGCGCACAAAAUGGAGGCAUGUUUUUAUGAACUUUCAUUGACAGACACGGUUGGCCACCGCGGAAGAGGCUUUGUCGGCUCAGGCGGUGCAGUGGCAGAAGGCGGGGGCCGCCAGAGGAACAGGUGAUAGAAUGGGAGGUGCCAGCGCAGCUGGAUCUGGACAGGGGCCCUCCUCACUUUUUCUUUUUUCAGAGGAAAACCCCAUUCGCAGAUAUACGCGCUUCAUCAUCGAGUGGCCUCCUUUUGAAUAUGCUGUGCUUUUGACAAUCAUAGCUAACUGUGUUGUAUUAGCAUUGGAGGAGCAUCUGCCCUUUCACGACAAAACCAUGUUGGCGCAAAAACUUGAAAAAACAGAAAAUUAUUUUCUCGGUAUCUUUUGUGUUGAAGCUUCUUUAAAAAUUCUGGCUCUCGGGUUUGUGCUUCACAGGGGUUCCUACCUAAGGAACGUCUGGAACAUCAUGGAUUUCUUUGUCGUCUUGACCGGGUCGAUGACAGUAUUUGCUGAAGCGAAUGUUGACGUUGAUCUGAGGAUGCUGCGCUCGUUCCGCGUACUGCGGCCGCUCAAAUUAGUCUCCAGAAUUCCAAGCCUGCAGGUAGUUUUGAAGUCUAUCAUCAAGGCUAUGGCACCAUUACUUCAAAUUGGACUUUUGGUAUUAUUCGCCAUUGUUAUUUUUGCCAUAAUAGGAUUGGAAUUUUAUUCCGGUGCCUUGCAUAAAACUUGUUAUAGUCUUUACAACAUAGAUGAAAUUGUUAAAGAAGGAGAGGAAGAAGUUCCAUGUAAUACAGAUAAUGAAACACAAGCAAAAAAUCAAGGGAGCAACUGGUGUAGAGAUGGAAACUCGGUAUGUCUGGAAAGGUGGCAGGGGCCCAAUAAUGGUAUAACAUCGUUCGAUAACAUUGGGUUUGCUAUGUUGACUGUGUUUCAGUGUAUUACUAUGGAAGGUUGGACUGCCAUAUUGUAUUGGAUGAAUGACGCAAUUGGUAGUAUGUUCAAUUGGAUAUACUUUGUUCCACUUAUAGUUUUGGGAUCAUUUUUUAUGUUAAACUUAGUUCUCGGUGUUCUCAGCGGCGAGUUCGCCAGAGAAAGAGAAAAAGUAGAAAAUCGCCAAGAAUUUUUAAAAUUAAGACGAGCUGCACAGCUAGAGAGAGAAUUGAACGGUUACGUGCAAUGGAUCUGUAAAGCAGAGGAAGUAAUAUUAGCUGAAGAACGAACGACUGAAGAAGAGAAAUUACACAUAAUGGAAGCACGACGAAGAGCUGCCAGAAAAAAGAAGCUUAAAAGUAUGGGAAAGAGUAAAAGCACAGACACUGAAGAGGAACAGGAAGAAGACGAGAUGGGCGAUGAUGUUCUGUUAGCAGGUUACGGUAAAUCCUCCUACCUGAAGUCUAGAGUGCAAGGCCAGAGUGGCUGUGCCAGGUUUUGGAGAGCAGAAAAACGAUUUAGAUUCUGCAUUCGACACGUCAUAAAAACGCAGUGGUUUUACUGGUCCGUCAUCGUGUUGGUACUGUUCAACACAAUCUGUGUGGCUGUGGAGUAUCACGGCCAACCGCAGUGGCUCACAAAUUUUUUAUUUUACGCCGAAUUCGUUUUCUUGGGUCUAUUUAUGACAGAAAUGUUUAUAAAGAUGUACGCCUUGGGACCAAGAAUAUAUUUCGAGUCAGCUUUUAACAGAUUCGAUUGUGUAGUGAUAACGGGUUCCAUUUUCGAAGUUAUUUGGUCGUGGCUAAAAGGUGGUUCGUUCGGAUUAUCGGUGCUGAGAGCUUUGAGGCUCCUAAGGAUAUUCAAAGUGACAAAAUAUUGGUCGUCGCUGCGCAAUCUUGUAAUAUCAUUGCUCAAUUCAAUGCGAUCGAUCAUUUCGUUGUUGUUCCUUCUGUUUUUGUUUAUCCUCAUUUUCGCUCUACUUGGGAUGCAGCUUUUCGGAGGACAGUUCAACUUUGAAUCCGGAACUCCCCUUGCCAACUUUAAUACUUUUCCUAUCGCAUUGUUGACUGUAUUCCAGAUACUGACCGGUGAGGACUGGAACGAAGUCAUGUACCACGGAAUCAACGCUCUUGGUGGUCCGAACGUCGCCAUGAUAUACUCCCUAUAUUUUAUAGUUCUUAUGUUAUUCGGUAACUACACCCUCCUCAACGUCUUUCUUGCCAUCGCCGUCGACAACUUGGCCAACGCCCAGGAGCUGACGGCGGCCGAAGAAGAACAAGCGGAAGAAAAUAAGGAGAAGCAGGCGCUGGAACUAGAAAAGGAAAUGGAAGCCCUUCAAAUGGAGGGCGGUCUCAAAUUGGAUGCAGGUCUUUCUAGUCCCGUCAAGUCCAGGAAAAAGGUUGAGGAGAAAGCCGAAGAGGAAGAGAUCGUGGGCCCGAAACCGAUGCUGCCGUACUCUAGCAUGUUUAUUCUUUCUUCAACUAAUCCAGUGAGGAGAGGUGCCCAUUGGGUAGUUAACUUACGUUACUUUGAUUUCUUCAUUAUGAUAGUGAUCUGUCUCAGUUCUAUUGCACUUGCGUGUGAAGAUCCCGUGGACGAAGAUGCCUUUCGCAACGUUAUUUUAGAUAAAUUCGACUAUGCUUUCACCAGCGUUUUCGCCGUAGAAAUGUUUUUGAAAGUGAUAGAUUUGGGCAUUAUCCUCCACCCAGGGUCUUAUCUCAGGGAAGUUUGGAAUAUUAUGGAUGCAGUAGUCGUCAUUUGUGCACUAGUCUCCAUGGGCUUUAAUUUUGCAAAGCGUCCUGAAGCUGCCAACUUGUCUACCAUAAAAUCUCUGCGAGUGUUACGUGUUCUUAGACCUUUAAAAACAAUAAAAAGAGUGCCGAAACUGAAAGCAGUAUUUGACUGCUUAGUGAACUCCUUAAAAAAUGUGAUAAAUAUUCUUAUAGUGUAUAUAUUAUUCCAAUUCAUAUUUGCUGUGAUUGCCGUUCAGUUAUUUAACGGAAAAUUUUUCUACUGUACAGAUGCUAGUAAAUUUAACGCUAUGACCUGCCAAGGUCAAUAUUUUGUAUAUGAAGAAGACAAUGACGUGCCUCAGGUGCAAAGUCGCGAAUGGUUGCCACAAAAAUUCCAUUACGACAAUGUACCCAUGGCGAUGCUGACGCUGUUUGCUGUACAGACUGGAGAAGGAUGGCCUCAGAUUCUGCAAAAUUCAAUGGCUGCCACUUAUGAGGAUCAAGGCCCAAUUCAAAAUUUCCGAAUAGAGAUAUCCAUUUUCUAUAUUGUAUAUUUCGUAGUAUUUCCUUUCUUCUUUGUAAAUAUAUUCGUGGCCUUGAUCAUCAUUACUUUUCAAGAACAGGGUGAGGCUGAACUUCAAAGCGGAGAAAUAGACAAAAACCAGAAAUCUUGCAUCGACUUCACCAUACAAGCACGGCCGUUGGAGAGGUACAUGCCAAACAAACGGAACAGCUUCAAAUACAAAAUAUGGAGAAUUGUUGUUUCCACUCCCUUCGAGUAUUUUAUCAUGAUGUUAAUUGUAUUUAACACGUUGUUACUUAUGAUGAAGUAUGACAAGCAAGGCGAAACCUACACCAGUACAUUAAAGUAUCUCAACUGGGGAUUCACAGGAAUGUUCACUGUGGAGUGUAUCCUGAAGAUUCUCGCAUUCGGCGUAAGGAACUUCUUCAAAGACCCGUGGAACACGUUUGACUUCGUGACUGUUAUCGGUAGCAUAGUGGACGCUAUGGUUGUCGAGUUUGGAGAACGAGCGGCUCAGAUGCAGAAGGAAAGGAGAACGGAACUUGAUUUACCUGCGACCAUAGGGAAGUGGAUGCAGGAAAAUUUCAUAAAUGUCGGAUUCUUGAGGUUGUUCCGAGCUGCCCGGUUGAUCAAGCUACUACGUCAGGGAUACACGAUAAGAAUACUGCUUUGGACUUUCGUUCAAAGUUUCAAAGCACUUCCUUACGUCUGUGGACUUAUCGCCAUGCUUUUUUUCAUUUACGCCAUUAUUGGAAUGCAAGUUUUUGGUAACAUUGAAGUUUCUCCGGAGACAGCUAUAGAUAGACAUAAUAAUUUUCGUAAUUUUAUUCAAGGACUAAUGCUAUUAUUCAGAUGUGCCACAGGUGAAAAUUGGCCUAGCAUAAUGUUAUCGUGUGUGAAAGGCAAGAUGUGUGACGAAAAUUCGGGAAAAGACGGACACCAGUGUGGUCACAAUAUAGCUUAUGCCUAUUUUGUGUCAUUUAUAUUCUUCUGUUCGUUCUUGAUGUUAAACUUGUUCGUAGCCGUCAUUAUGGACAAUUUUGAUUAUUUAACACGUGAUCCUUCCAUAUUGGGUGCUCAUCAUUUAGACGAAUUCGUUAGAAUUUGGGCAGAAUACGAUCCAAAUGCCACAGGAAAAAUCCACUACAGCGAAAUGUACGACAUGUUGAAAAAUAUGGAUCCGCCAUUAGGCUUUGGAAACAAGUGUCCUAAUCGAUUAGCGUAUAAGAAAUUAAUUAGGAUGAACAUGCCAGUAGACGACGAUGGGAAAGUUAAUUUUACUACGACAUUCUUUGCUCUCGUCAGAGAAAAUCUUAGCAUUAAAAUGCGAACAGCUGAUGAAAUGGACCAGGCCGAUGACGAACUCAAAGAGACAAUCAAAAACAUCUGGCCGAUCCAAGCCAAGAACAUGGUGGAGCUGUUGGUUCCACCGACCAACCAGCUCAACACCGGCAAAAUGUCCGUCGGCAAGUUAUACGCCGGUCUUCUGAUCCUGGAGAGCUGGCGCAGCACCAGGUUCGGCCAGGUGGAGCCUACUGGUAUACCGGGAUUUGGAAACAGUCCUUCAGCCAAUACCGCGAAAGCAUCGUUUUUCGACUGCCUGAUGGACAUGGCCGGUCAUCUCGGAGGCGGAGGCAGCAGGGCUGGGUCUUUUAGUCUGGAGGUCGCCCCCCUUAUGGGGGGACAAGAUCAUUCUGAAACCCAUCUCACCCUGCCAGAGGAUAGCUCUCUUAUUACCCUUGCCAGAAGAAACACGAAGAGGAACCGAUCGAUUAGGAACAAAAAGGUGAUGGAAUUUCAGGAUAUCAUCGGAGGCUCGCGAAGGCCGUCGUGUGAUAGUACCGGGGAUCAGGCCUUGUUGCGGCCAGGAAGUUUCAUCAACCAUCAUAGAAGAAGUCCCAGUCAUAGGCAAAACUCUCCGUCAUUUCAGAGAAGUCCAUCGCCACGUAGAAGAUAUCCGCAUCAUCUUCACCAUGACAUCGGCUUCUCUGAUACAGUUUCUAACGUAGUUGAAAUUGUUAAACAAGAACAUCAAAUGGCCUCUCAAAGGCAUCGAUUCCCUAGAGGCUCCUGGUCAGCAUCGACCAGUCCCACUCGGUCGCCGUCGCCUUCCGGAGGAAGACAUAACUCGAAGUUUGGCGGUUUUGGCUUCUCCAGAAAAAUGGAUUACGGUACGACCAGUUUGUGUCAAAGAUCUCGAUCACCUAGUCCUACGAACUCAUCGCUGCCGCAUCAUCAGGGCCCACCGUUUAUUGCUGGUGCUGUGGUAGGUAUACCGAUGCAGAAAUCUGCUGCCCAUCAGGGCAACGUGCAGCACAGUCAUCCGACGCUGGGAGGGCGUAAAGGUCAAGGAAGAAGACUGCCUCCGACUCCUUGCAAGCCUUCCACCCUACAGCUUCGGCCGGGGUCCAUUAAUUUCCCUAAACUCAACGCAUCUCCUACACACCAACAUUUUCAGUCUCAUUCGGCGCACGUAACUCCACACAACCACCCGCACACGUUCCCCCUCGACCGAGAACCUCUCAGGGAAAUAUCUCCUCCAGAGACCGCAAACAUCAACCCCGUCAACGUAGCAGUCAAUCCUGGAGUCAGGGAUGCCAACCAAACACCUCUGAGUUUCGAGCAAGCCGUUGCUAUGGGAAGGGGUGGAAGAGUACUCCCUAGUCCUUUACCUAACGGGUACAAACCCAAACCAACUGGAUCUGGCCACUCCGAAUCAGACGAAGAUGACUGGUGCUAGCAUUUGCUUAAUGCUCUAUGAGAGUAUAUAAUAUUCAGUGUUUUUACAUAAAGAGACUUUAACAAAUUACUAUGAUUAUUACUACUAUUAUUAUAAUAUUAGACUUAAUCUGUUUUUAAAUUUCUGUGUACAGCUGGGUCACGUUAGAUUAUUAUAAGGAAAUAAGAAAUUUUUUAUAGACAAA